AGCUCUUGAGCACGUUUAUGGUGGUUAAGGUUCAAUGUGUUGCAGGGUUUAGAUGCCUCUUUAAUGCUGCGUAGGGCAGAAAAGACUCAUUAAGAAAUUGGCCAGUGAACGUCGGAUAGUAAAGCGCAGAGGGACACUUGCAGAGUGAGGUUCUGGUGUACACGUCCCGAGUCUUGCUGUACGAAGUAUCGAAAGCCACGGAAAAGGGAUGAUGCCAAAAGUCACGACCGAGUUGCUGCGACACCUAAGGCAGGGGAUGAGGAACGGGCAGAACACGAAGGAGCCAAUUCAAGCCCUGAUCGUGCCAUCAGGAGACAAUCACCAGAGUGAAUACAUAGCCCCGUGUGACUGCAGACGUGAAUUUGUGAGCGGCUUUGAUGGCUCCGCAGGCACGGCGAUCGUAACUGAGGAGCACGCAGCCCUGUGGACAGAUGGCCGUUACUUUCUUCAGGCCUCCCAGCAAAUGGACAAGAACUGGACGCUGAUGAAAACGGGUUUGAAGAUGACCCCCAGCCAGGAAGAUUGGCUAAUAAAGGUCCUACCUGAUGGCUCAAAGGUUGCUGUGGAUCCCUUCGUUAUUGCAGCGGACCAGUGGAAGAUAUUGUCUAAAGCGCUGAAGAGUGUGGGACACUCCCUGGUGCCGAGCAAAGAAAACCUGGUGGAUGCGGUUUGGAAGGACCGACCAGAUCGACCCUGUAACCCACUGUUGGUUAUGGAGCUGAGUUACACAGGCCUGUCAUGGCAGGACAAGAUCAUCCAGCUCCGAGAGAAGUUAGCGGAGAAGAAAGCCACUUGGCUGGUGGUCACAGCCCUCGAUGAGAUCGCGUGGCUCCUCAAUCUCCGUGGUUCCGAGAUCAAAUACAAUCCACUGUUCUUUGCCUUCGCUUUGGUCGGAAGUAAGAACAUCAGACUGUUCAUCAAUGAGAAGCACAUGGAAGACCGGGCUGUGAGAGACCACUUGCAGCUGGACAGGGAGGUGGCACCCGAGUUCAGGAUACAGGUGCACCCGUACGAAUCCAUUCUGACUGAGCUCCAGACCGUCGGAGCCCGUCUGAGCAUGAAGGAAAGAAUCUGGAUCAGUAGCAAAGCCAGCCAGGCUUUGACCGAAGCUAUCCCAAAGAUGCAUAGAUUGCAGACCAUCUACACGCCUAUUUGCAUGGCAAAGGCAGUGAAGAACCCCACGGAGAUUAAAGGCAUGCGGAAUGCUCACAUUAAGGAUGCUGUGGCUCUUUGUGAACUGUUCAACUGGCUUGAGAAGGAGGUUCCGAAAGGCAAAGUCACUGAAAUAAGUGCUGCUAACAAGGCGGCCGAAUUCCGCAGCCAACAAGAAAAUUUCAUGGACUUGAGUUUUGGCACCAUUUCCAGCACAGGCCCAAACAGCGCCAUCAUCCAUUACAGCCCAAACCCAGAGACGAACCGAACUUUGUCACUGAAUGAAAUUUACCUUCUGGAUUCUGGUGCACAGUACAAGGAUGGGACCACAGAUGUCACACGCACAGUACAUUUCGGGAUUCCCACAGACUACGAGAAGGAGUGCUUCACCUAUGUGUUGAAGGGACACAUCUCCCUGGGAUCUGCGGUUUUCCCGAACGGGACCAAAGGGCACCUCCUGGACUCUUUUGCAAGAGCUGCGCUUUGGGACUGCGGCCUGGAUUACCUGCACGGCACUGGGCACGGAGUCGGAGCUUUCCUCAACGUCCACGAGGGCCCCUGCGGCAUCAGUUACAAGACGUUUGCAGACGAGCCUCUGGAGGCUGGGAUGAUCCUCAGUAAUGAGCCUGGGUAUUAUGAAGACGGGAGAUUUGGGUUUCGCAUCGAGAGUAUUGUGCUUGUGGUCCCGGCAAAAACCAAGUACCAGUUCCUGGACAGAGGGAGUCUGAAAUUUGAACCCUUGACACUGUUUCCGAUUCAGACCAAAUUGAUGAAGAUUGAAUUGCUUACACAGAAAGAGCUCGCUUGGAUCAAUUCGUACCACCAGUUGUGCAGGGAGGUGCUCAGGCCUGAGCUGGAAAAGCAGGGGAAAGUGGAAGCUCUUCACUGGCUGCUCAGGGAAACCGAAUCGAUCGGCUGAAAUGCCUGUGUCUGACCAAAACAGUGCACUCAAUAAAUACACCAAUGAGACUGAUGUACAGUUACUGUACUCAUAAACACAGCAUGUCCCAUACACCCAACACGACCUCUGAUUGCAACGAAAUGGUUGAGAAUGUGAAUUGUACAAGUAAACUAUUUCAUACUUUU